GCCGGCCGCCCCUGCGGACCGGACUGUGCGGCCGGCGGCCGGGACGUAGCCCCCAGCCCGCGAGGAGGGCGCGGCGCAGGCGGCGGCGGCGCAGCGGGGAGGAGCCCGGGCCGGAACCAGGGCUGGGCCGGGGGCGGGGACGCCGGGGUCCCGGAGCCCCGGCGCCCGAGCGAGCGAACAAGCGUCGCGGGAGGAUCGGGAAGGAGGAGCACAGCCGGAGCAAGCCGAGCUGCCCCCAAAGUGCGAUGCCCCGGCGAGGGUAGGGCGCGCGGCGGCCGGCCGGCGCGGCGCGGAGGGAGGACGCCCGGGAGCUGCGCGGCGCCGAGCGGCGCGGAGGGGCAGUCCCAGCGGGCGGCGGCGGGCCCGGGCGGCGACCGGAGCGAGCCCCAUGCCCCGCGCGGGCUGACGGGCCGGAGCCCGCACGGAGCGGCCGGGCCGGACAGGUCCCGCUAGAGCGACAUGAUGGUGGAAUCCGCCUCGGAGACAAUCAGGUCGGCUCCGUCUGGUCAGAACGGCGUGGGCAGCCUCUCCGGGCAGGCGGAUGGCGGCGGCGGCGGCAGUGGUGGCGGGGCCCCCGCCGGAGGCAGCGCAGGCAGGGAUGCGGCCGCGGGCCCAGACAGCAACGGCGAGAUGAGCCCUGCGGAGCUGCUCCACUUCCAGCAGCAACAGGCUCUCCAAGUGGCCCGGCAGUUCCUGCUGCAGCAGGCCUCGGGCCUGAGCUCGCCAGGGAACAAUGACAGCAAGCAGUCGGCCUCUGCCGUGCAGGUGCCCGUGUCGGUGGCCAUGAUGUCGCCGCAGAUGCUCACCCCCCAGCAGAUGCAGCAGAUCCUGUCGCCCCCACAGCUGCAGGCCUUGCUCCAGCAGCAGCAGGCGCUCAUGCUGCAGCAGCUGCAGGAAUAUUACAAGAAGCAGCAAGAGCAGCUCCACUUACAACUCCUCACGCAGCAGCAGGCUGGGAAGCAGCAACCCAAAGAGGCCCUGGGGAGCAAGCAGCUGGCCUUCCAGCAACAGCUCCUGCAAAUGCAACAGCUGCAGCAACAGCACCUGCUCAACCUGCAGAGACAGGGGCUGGUCAGCCUGCAGCCCAGCCAAGCCUCGGGGCCCCUCCAGACCCUCCCACAAGCCGUGUGCCCGACGGACCUGCCCCAGCUGUGGAAGGGUGAGGGUGCCCCCGGGCAGCCCGCCGAGGACAGCGUUAAGCAGGAGGGGCUGGACCUCACCGGCACGGCCACCACCGCUACCUCGUUCGCUGCCCCCCCCAAAGUCUCACCCCCCCUCUCCCACCACACCCUGCCCAACGGACAGCCCACUGUGCUCACACCUCGGAGAGACAGCUCCUCCCACGAGGAGACGCCCGGCUCCCACCCCCUCUACGGACACGGAGAGUGCAAGUGGCCAGGCUGUGAGACCCUGUGUGAAGACCUGGGCCAGUUUAUCAAACACCUCAACACCGAGCACGCCCUGGACGACCGGAGCACAGCCCAGUGCCGCGUGCAGAUGCAGGUGGUACAGCAGCUGGAGAUCCAGGUGUGGCCUCAGGCUGCGGGAGAGGGGCGCAGUCAAUCAAUAUUUACCCAUGUCCCUCUGGCACCUCGCAGAGCUCCCUUGCCACUGAACUUGGUCCCCGGCUCCUCCUCAUUCUCCAAGGUGACCGUCUCCGCAGCGGACUCGUUCCCAGAUGGUCUUGUACACCCCCCCACCUCGGCCGCUGCCCCUGUCACCCCCCUACGGCCCCCUGGCCUCGGCUCUGCCUCCCUGCACAGUGGGGGACCCGCCCGGCGGAGAACCAGCGACAAGUUCUGCUCCCCCAUCUCCUCAGAGCUGGCCCAGAAUCAUGAGUUCUACAAGAACGCCGACGUCCGGCCCCCCUUCACUUACGCCUCCCUCAUCCGCCAGGCCAUCCUGGAAACCCCCGACAGGCAGCUGACCCUGAAUGAGAUCUAUAACUGGUUCACCAGGAUGUUCGCCUAUUUCCGGAGAAACACGGCCACCUGGAAGAAUGCAGUGCGACACAACCUCAGCCUGCACAAGUGCUUCGUGCGCGUGGAGAACGUCAAGGGCGCCGUGUGGACUGUGGACGAGCGGGAGUACCAGAAGCGGAGGCCACCAAAGAUGACGGGGAGCCCCACGCUGGUGAAGAACAUGAUUUCGGGCCUCAGUUAUGGAGCACUUAACGCCAGCUACCAGGCUGCCCUGGCCGAGAGCAGCUUCCCCCUCCUCAACAGCCCUGGCAUGCUGAACCCUGGCUCCGCCAGCAACCUCCUGCCCCUCAGCCAUGACGACAUGGGCGCCCCCAUGGAGCCGCUGCCCAGCAACGGCAGCAGCAGCCCCGCUCGCCUCUCCCCACCCCAGUACAGCCACCAGGUGCAGGUGAAAGAGGAGCCAGCUGAGGCGGAGGAAGACAGGCGGCCGGGACCCCCCCUGGGGCCCCCUAACCCCAGCACCUCGGGGCCUCCAGAAGACAGGGACCUGGAGGAGGAGCUGCCGGGAGAGGAACUGUCCUAAGGGCCUCUAGGGGCAGGCAGGGCAGGGGUGAGACCCCUCCCUCCCCCGGAAGCCAGGCCCCACCUACCCCGACUCCUCGCCCCGCCCAACCUCAAGGCACUUCCAGGACUCAGAUGGGGGGCUGGGCCAGCAACUCCCAAGGUGACCUGACCUACGACGACGCUCGCUCGGAGUGGGGUGGGGCAGGGACCGGCCGCCCCCUAGGGGACACAGAACCCCUGGUCUGGGACUGGCAGAGGACACGGAGGGCCCAGACCCCUCCUCAGACUCCCCCGCCCACAUCCGAACCCCGCCUCCCCGCCCCCCAACCACCAGCAGCAGCAGCAGGGCCCUCCUCCCCCACCAGCUCGCCCCCCGCAGGGCCCCUCAGUGCCAUGGAGACCCGCAGGCGGGGCUGAGCCACCCUCUCACACCCAGGGCCCCCCCAUCUUGUUCUGGCAGUACUCUCUGGCCAGAGGCCCCCGUUUCCCUAAUUUGUGCUCCCUUCCACCUUCUUGUCCUGACUGUGAAGAAGUAGCUCCACCCCCGCUCCUACCCCUGCCCUGGCCUGGGCUGGGGGCAGCUAAAGUCUCAGAGCAGCCCCAGAAAAAACCUGCCCCUCAGCUGUGCCCGAUCAAGAGCCACAGCUGGUGAGGGGGGAACAAGUGGAGUGCCCUGGGGGGAUCCGUGGGAGUAGGGCUGCCUGGUUCCAGGUCCCCCCCCAGGCCGAACUGGGCCUCCACUCCCAUUUGCUGGGUGCUGCCCCCCAGGCCAGGGAGCAUAGGAAAGUGGCCCGGUGCCCACCUCCUCCACAGAGGCCUGUGCCCGGUGCACUCGUAGAGGUGGACCCGCUGAAGGCGGCUGAGCUGCCCUUGAGGCUGGAGUUGGGGCCCCACGGGGUGCCAGGACUGCGGGAAGCACCUGCCUGUGUCCAGGGAAAGGCCAGGCUGAAAGCAGGCUUGAGGGGCGGGUGGGAUGAACACGGUGGCUGCUGUGACCCGGCAGGUCACUCCCACCCCAGCCUUCAGGUGCCCCAUCGCAGACUUCCCUCACCCGCCCUCAGCACCCCUUCCCUGCGCCCCCACCCCCCAGUUACACAGAUGACCAAAGACCUUUCUUAUGCCGGAAGCAAAAACCAAAACUUUUUUGUUGGCUUUUUCCUUUGUCGCCUCCCAUACCCCCUGCUCAUCCCGCUUCCCAUCCCGGCCCCAGGCUGGAAGCCCUCCCCAACUUAAGUUAUUGUUUUAAACCAAAGUUUACAGUGUCUGUUGGUGGCCAAGACCCUCUCUCUCCACCCUCCCUCCACCCCACCCUGAGGACCCUGGGACUCAGUAGAGGUUGGCGGCCCUGCUCACCUCCCCUCUGCUCUUGCCCAGCCCGGGGGAAGGAAAGCAGGCAGAGGGGAGGAGAUGGGCAGCCCUCGGCACCCCGCGGGGUGCUCGGCCCCUUGGGCGGUGGGCACGGGAGCCCUCUUCCCAACCCUGGGCUGCUUACUGGGGGCUCUCCAGACCCCUCUCUCCAGGACCAAGUCCCCCAUCACACUGGGAGUGUGGAUUCCAGCGAAGGAGCUGGAAAAAAAAGUGAGACUCUCCACAGACCCCCUAUGGGGGACCCCAACUUAAGGCCAAGGACUGGGUGUAUUUGAUGCUUGUCACACCCCAGGCCAGGCCCCUUUGCUGAGAAGACUCCUUGGACUAUUUCCCAAGAAACCCCCCACAUACACCCCUUCACAAGCCACCCCUCCCAAGAGGCAGGGGGCCCUCCGCCCCCUCCCCUAUGUACUCCCCACCUGUGUUCUGUUUGACCAGCACAGAAAUAUUAAACGUCCUCUAUUCACAGGG